ACAAACUUUUUAGUCCCUAUAUCAUAAGUUUAGAAUUGCUUAAUAAAGAACUGUUUGAAGCUUAUCAUGGCAGUUGAUGAUGUUAUCAGAAAUUCUGAAGUUGUAACACUACGAGAGAAUCAAACAAUCAUUCAAAAUACAGAUGGUAAACCAGUUCAGGAACAGCUGAAUAAAAAAAAAAAAAAGAAAAAAAAGAAUAAAGUUGCUGUUAAUGGUUUGGUUGAAAAUAAUGAUUUGAAAGAAAAUCAUGAUUGUAAUCAGGUAGUUAGCAAUUGUGAAGAUGUUGAAAAAGAUGAUGCAGAUAUUGAAGAAUCAAAUAAAAAAAACAAAAAGAAGAAAAAAAAGAAACCUGCUAAUACCACACCAUCUGAAAAGAAAAGUGUUCAAACUAAUCCACCAAGUAUACCUAUAACACAGUUGUUCCCAUGUGAAGAUUACCCAAUUGGAGAAAUACAAAACUAUAAAGAUGAUAAUCUUUGGCGAGUAACAAGUGAAGAGAAAAGAGCUAUUGACAGAAUGAAUGAAAACAUUUACAAAGAAGCUCGUUUGGCAGCUGAAGCUCAUCGACAGGUUAGAAAAUAUGUGCAAAGUUUCAUCAAACCUGGUAUGAAAAUGAUUGAUAUUUGUGAAACUUUGGAAUCCACUAGUCGCAAAUUGAUAAAUGAAAAAGGACUUGAAGCAGGACUUGCUUUUCCAACUGGUUGUUCAUUAAAUUAUUGCGCUGCACAUUAUACUCCCAAUGCUGGUGAUGAAACUGUUCUUCAGUAUGAUGAUGUAUGCAAAAUUGAUUUCGGGACACAUAUAAAUGGUAGAAUUAUUGAUUGUGCAUUUACAGUUGCAUUUAAUCCAAGAUAUGAUAAUUUACUAAAAGCAGUCAAAGAAGCCACAAAUACUGGGAUUAAGGAAGCAGGAAUAGAUGUAAGAUUAUGCGAUAUAGGAGAAGCCAUUCAAGAAGUAAUGGAGUCUUAUGAAGUUGAACUUGAUGGAAAAACAUAUCAAGUAAAAGCAAUCCGCAACCUAAAUGGACACUCUGUUGCCCCAUAUCGAAUACAUGCUGGUAAAACUGUCCCUAUUGUUAAGGGAGGUGAAGCCACGGUUAUGGAGGAAGAUGAGUUUUAUGCUAUCGAAACAUUUGGUAGUACAGGGAAAGGUGUUGUCCAUGAUGACAUGGAAUGCUCGCAUUAUAUGAAAAAUUUUGAAGUUGGUCAUAUACCUUUACGAUUAGCACGAGCAAAACAACUUCUUAAUGUAAUUAAUGAAAACUUUGGAACGCUUGCAUUUUGCAGAAGAUGGUUAGAUAGGCUUGGACAGACGAAAUAUUUAAUGGCUUUACGAAAUCUUCAAGAUGCAGGUAUUAUUGACGCUUAUCCUCCUCUUUGCGACGUCAAAGGGUGUUACACAGCGCAAUACGAACACACUAUUCUACUUAGACCAACUUGUAAAGAAGUUCUAAGUAGAGGUGACGACUAUUAAAUUGAUCGUCUGUGACAGGGUAGAAAUAUUUGUGUUUUGUAAAGAAACAAAUGUGUUAAUGAUUUUCUGAUGGUAGUUAUUACCUCGUAAUGAUAAAGAUCUUGAGAACGCAAUGGUCUACUUUUUGAACAUAAAAGAACUUCUGUCAACCUUUAUUUAAUGGUUUUAAGUCUUAUUUUUUGUGUAAAGUUGUCAAGUCUUAUUAUUUUAUGAACUGAAAUCUUGGCUUAAACUUUUUGAAGAUGUUAAAUAUCGGCGUCAUUCUUACUGUUUAAUGAUACACAAUAACAUGAAAUAAAAUAAUAUUCCAAAAUUUGUUUUUAAACGUUCUUUCACUAUAUUCUACCCUUUUUUUGAAUAUUUAUAUGAAUCUUUAAAAUACAAUUUUUAAAACCACUGAGUUUUUUAAUUUUUAUGUUUUAACUUCAAUACCCGAGUCAUGCAAAAAAUACGCAGUUAUAAUUAAUAUAUUUAUUUAAGGUUCUUUUUGUACUUUGUUUCUUUGACUUUGUUAUGCAAUAGUAAGAUUUAUCAUUGUUUGUUUUCUAAACAAUAAUUUUCUAUUAGCACAGCUAUAUAUUGCAGUCAUCAUAUUAAAAUAUAUCUGAAUUUUUUUUUUUUUUUUUUUUUUAACUUAGAAAUAUUCAAGCUGAAUGUCACCUGCCAAAAAUCGGCUUGAAUAUUUUCUGACUUUAAAGUCAAGGUGAAAAGGAAAAAAAACAUUUUAUAUUCAGACGGUUACCUGUCAAUGUUAUAAAAAUAUCUGAAGUAUUAAAA